AUGGAGUCCAUGAAACUCUUGAAUCCCCCUUCAGACACAAGCAGCACUCCGAAAAACCACAAAAAAUCUCAUAAGUGCUCAGAGUGUGGGAAAUCCUUUGCUCUCCAGUCCCUCCUUUUGACCCACAGGAAGGUCCAUGUGGGAAGUGGAUCCAGUCCAGGUUUGGAGGGUGAGAUAUUUUUCUCUGGAAAAAAUGCCAAAGAUCUCAGGAGCCCCCCAACACUAAAACCCUAUAAAUGUGAGGAAUGUAACUUAUGCUUUGAUCAAAAGUCAGGACUUCUUAGACAUCAGAAAAUCCACACUGGAGAGAAACCUCACCANAUUGUGUAA